AUGGCGUCGCUUUCCUUGCGGAGAGUCGGUGCAAUUCAACAUGCGCAAGUGCUCGCGCAGUCCUCUCCGUUAUGUGUCACAUAUGUGGAGCUGAUGGCAGGUGCAUACCUUUUCGCCUCCGUGAACGCUGCGAGAAAUCAAUGUAUUGUAGAGGCACUUGUUGACACAGCUGCCGCUGCUGUUUCUGCCGUCACCUCCAUGAAUGCCAGAUCUGCUUCGUCAGCCGUAACUUGGGUGGCGGAGCAUGAAAAGUUUCUUGAGACUCUGCAAAGUGAUUUCCGAAUUCCCAAGAUCUUUGAAGUAAUGCAACAUGAAGGAGUGAUUACGACGAUUGAGCUUGCUCGUGAUUACCGAACGGUGGAAGGCUCCAGAGUCAUGGUAACGGGAAGGAAGCGAAUGUUAGAAUCAAUUUAUGUACAUUUGUUUAUUGGAACAUCCAACGGAACCAUCUUUGUCUGCAAUGCGCUCCGUGGGACCAUCAUGGCGUUGACGCAGUUUCAGUAUCAUGGCUUUGCCGAAAGCCACCAGUUUAAUACGCCUGAAGAGGAUGGGACGGGGCUAACUUCUCGCAAUGAGGCCGUUGUUCGUUUUGUCGUGCAGCGUGCCGCACCGGAUGCACAUUUUAAUGCAAACAUUACUCAAGGUAUCGCUCUUCUACCAACACAGACCCUCCAUGCGGUGUGCAUCAUUCACAGUCGAGGGCGCGCUGUAUUGCUCAAUCGAGCCGCUCUUGACACUUUUCUUUCUGUGGCCGAGCAGUGUCUUGAUGGAAAACGGCCAUACUUGUUUUUGGAGUGGUCGCCAGAGAGCACUGUCAGUUCCUAUCCCACUGCGGGGCCAGCUGCCCAUUUUAUUUCUUACGUGGAAUCUGUUUUUGUUGCUUCGGAGGAGGGGCGGUACUCCGCCGUGGAGCUGCAGACGCAGCCAAAGAAGUCCAAUGGUCCUAUGGGGCGCACUAUUCGUGAUGCAGCCCUUUUUUUUGGUAAUUUGUGUGAUACCACGGCGAUCCUUCGUAACGGUCCACAGGCCAUGAUGUUUCUGCUUUUGUGUGGGGAGACGCCAGCACUUUCCAUGUAUACGUUUGAAAACGCACGUGCUGCCUUUUCUGCCCGCCAAGCCGUACGAGCUGCGGCCUCCUUCCUGGGCAGCAUGACGCGGAGACUCUGGCACGGAUCCCGAAAGGAUGAAGGUAGUGUGACGUCCAAACCGAAACGCCUGGCCAAACAUCCUCAGCAAGCCAAGGAUGCAUUCUAUGAAGCUGACAUGGUGUUCAGUAGUGUUCAGGUGGAUCCAACCUCCCACUGGGCUGCUUGUUACAGUGAGAGUGCUGGACGUAUUUAUCUGUAUGAUUUAAUGGGCGGUACUAUCUGGCGGGUGAUGAAAGGUUGCCGUUCUGCACAAUGUCAAUGGUGCAUGGCCACUAUCGCUGGAAAACGCAUGUUACUACUUGUUGUGCACCUUCUACUUCGUCACGCCGUGGAGUUGUACUCUCUACGUUUGGGACAACGUCUGGCAGCUCGCCAUGUUCCACAGGGAUCGAUCAUGCUCCGUCCGGAAUCCGUCUCCUCUGCAUUGUCUAUCCUUCUACUGACGCCUUCCAGAGAAAUUGUACAGAUACACGUCGAGCUGAAGGUGAAGCAGGAGGAAGAAGUUUCUUCUUUAUUUUGUUUAGCUGCGCCUUCUGCUUCAGGGGGUGAGGGUGUAACGUCUACCAGUAAGUUGCAGGAAAAAUUGUAUCAAGUCAUGCCCCGAGAUGUUUUGAUCGCGGCGAUGCAGUUACCACUUCCUGUACCUGCUACGGACGCGAGCCUUUUCUCUGUGUACCAUGCGUAUAUGAAGGAGUUGGAGGCUACUGUAAAGAAUAGAUUUUCACCCGGCGUCUCCGAUGACCGCUGUCUCCCCAUGAACUUUGAGGUGACAGCGGAGAAUGUGCCACAUGACAUCAGCGCGGCUCAGUGUCUCAAUUACUUGGAACUGCGUCUCGCUUGUGUGACAAAUUAUCGUCGGGCAUUAAUGCUGAGGGGGCUAGAUGGUGAAGUUCGGCAAAAGGACAUCACAACAUCACAAGUGCUAUGUAACGACGUUUUUUUUACGGAAGAAGGGCAACCGCAUCGAUCUCUUGUACAGGCAGUGAGGACAGUAUCUGAUCUGCUUUGCGCGGCCGGUGCUGCUGAGAUUGUUCACCUCUUGGACGAUAUCCUUCCCGCAAUGCAACGGUUAUUGCAAACGCAUAAAGACCCCACCCCCGAGUGUACCUCUCUGCAUAUUUCAGCGAUGUCACCGGAUGCUUUUUUAAAACUGUUUUAUUGUGGAGGAUAUAAGUUGGAGUUUUUGCGUGACAUAGUGUGGGGCAGUGAAGAUGCGAGGGAUGCAGUAGAGGAUAUAUGGGCCGAAAUUGGAGCCGUAUUUUACAGUUCCUCCGGCGGUGGUCUCGGUUCUUUAAUGCAGCAGUUGGAGGUUUUCAGUACGUUAGGUUUUCAAACUACGGAGGUGGCGGUAAUAUCGUUGUCGUGGUUUUGUUGUUCCUUUGCCCGGCUCCCCACAUCUGCGUCUUUGGGCUUACUGUCCAAUCUUGUCUCUUUGUUGCAAACGUGCAAUGAUGCGGCAUUUCUUACAGCUGUUGAACACGUUCCAUGUUUGACGACAGGAGUGACUAGUACGAACCUUGAGGAAUGUGAGGCAUGCGUAUUAUUGCUGACUCUGUGUAUGGUAAUACGUCAACAGGCGAGGCCUGUCGGACAAAUUUAUUAUGGACGCUAUGUGCAUUUACUGCGCCAGUUGCUGGCGCUUCGAGUAAUGCUUCAUCACAGUGAAACUCAACUUCAUUCAUUCACCACGGCUGCAAGCAGAAAAGAGCAUCAACGUCUGCGUCUGCGUGGGUUGCUUCCAUGUGAUGGAGGUGAUGCAUUGAACGCGUAUUGCUUUAGAUUUUUCCCCGCUUCAGUGGCUCGGGUUUUGUGUAAGAACAUCAUGGGGAGUGAUGAGCUUACGAGGGUCUUGGGUGGAGUCGAUAUGCUGGAAUUGCUCAAUCCGAUUUUCAUUAGGGUAGAAACACCUGAGUGGAAUGUGGAGACGCCAUGGUAUAAGGAGCGAACAUGGAAUCAUGGUGUUUUCUCCGAGUACGUUUUGAAACCACUUUCAUCCGCUGCUGCAGCUGUCAUGCCCACAGGGUCUGAAGAGCAAUCGUGGAUUGGCACACCGACUCCGCAACAAGUAGGAGGGUUAGGUGUGAUUCUGGCUGUGGAGUUAAUUCUUCUGGAGUGGGUGUUGGAACCUCUUCGCGAGGAGCCUCUCGCUUUUUUUCAGAACAAUUUGGUCCCAGAUGCCAAUCUUUUCGAGGGGAAUGAGGAGCUUGUGAAGGAGCCUGCGCGGCGUCCAAAGGGGAGCCGUUCCACGCGCGAUUAUUUUAACAGUUGUCGUAAGCUUUUAGCUUUGACUCGAGACUGUGUGGUUGCCAUUGUGGGGGAGGCCAAGGACACAGAAAGUUGUGGAAAGUUUGUUGAGGCGAUGUCAGUAUUGCUGUCGUAUGACAACAAGGCGUUCUUUGCGCUUAUUCCCCGUGUCAUUCGACGUCAGCUCGAGGCGCUCAUGGCGUUGCUUCAGGUGAGUCCGGCAUCGUUUCUGCGGCGCAUUGACGACGUCUCCUCUUUUCUGGAUACCGUUAUGUUUUUUGCCUUCACAGAAGCUGCGACACAGCUUUCUUGCGUUACUUCACCGUGUUUUGGGUCUCUAGCGAUUCCAUGGAGCUGCAUGUUUGAGGUGAAGGGACGGCUGCUGCGCUUGUCACCUGAGGCUGACAUUACCGAGCCCGUGAAGCGACAGCAGACAGUGAGUCGAAUGCAAAUGCGGAGCUCACUCUUACGGGAGUUUGCCUUUAUGAGCUUUGAGGGCACACGCAAUGAUGCAACUGAUGGGCGUGUUGUGCAACUGGGAGCGGCGUUGGGAUUGACUUGCAUUGUUAGCGAUAUUCCUCAACUUGUUCUGUUUGACGCCGCUGCGCUUCAUUUGGCUUCCAAUUCGGAGCUGACUCGUCUGCUGAACGCUGUGGCAAGUCGUCAUUUGGCUGCUCGCAUUGCUGCGGAGGCUUUUCGAAUUAUCGUCGCCAAUUGCUUUAGGUACUAUGUGGUGUUAAAACGAGGCAUCUCAAAAGAAGAUCGACCUGAGCUGCAGCAGCUCUCACUGAAGAUUAAAAGCAUGCGCGCCACAAUGACAGAGGAGUGUCGUUUAUGGUUACUGAGUAAAACUGCGAAGGAGGAGUCUGACACCGGAAAGGAAGCGGAGCCGAUGUCCAGCUUGCCGCUGGAGCAUGAGUUAGUGGCGUGUCCGAGUUGGUACACGCCGCAUUUGCUUAGCGUCGUUGAAGGCAGGGUGCAGGGGCGACUGCGUCAGCCGCGUGGCUCUGAGGGGUUCUCAGAUCUCAAAGCACUUCUUUUUACCCUGGCACUUGCUGCUGCAGGGGCCAAAUCCGCAUUGGAGGGCGCUGCGCCGCAUGUCGCUGAGGAACUGCCAGUGGUUGCAACCCGACUUGCAGGGUUGCUUUGA